AUGGGUGAAUAUGUGCCUAAUGUGUCGAAUGGAGUGGAUACGUAUAGUGUUAGGGAGCCAAUUGGUGUUUGUGCUGGCAUUUGUCCCUUCAACUUCCCAGCUAUGAUUCCUUUAUGGAUGUUUCCCGUUGUUGUGACAUGUGGUAAUACCUUUGUUCUGAAGCCAUCAGAGAAGGAUCCUGUACUUGCUUUCACCAGUGCUUCUGUAAUGCUUGCUGAGUUGGCAAUGGAAGCUGGAUGA